UAUGCCUACCUUUGAAAAAAAACUUCUCUUCUUUCCCCUCAGGCAUUUGUGAAUGAUGGGUUUUGCGAGAACUCCCCUUUUGUUGAUGUUCUUUUCUGCGUUCCUGUUCCAUGGUCUCUGUGUCGGAAGAACCAAGGUUGAUAGUUUGCGACAUGUUGAAGAAGCUAGUGAUGGAGAUGAUGAGGCUAAUGCACCUGGACCUGGACCCUCCACGCCACCCUCCGGGGGGGUUCGAGUCCAAGUUCGUGAUAAAUAUGUGGCUAUGGAUAAUGGUAUCCUCCAAGUCACUUUGUCGAAUCCAGGGGGAAGUGUAACUGGAAUACAGUACAAUGGCAUCGACAAUUUGCUCGAAGAACAAAACAGCGAAUUUAACAGAGGGUACUGGGAUGUGGUUUGGAGUGCUAAGCAAAGUAACAAAACAAAGGGUAAACUCGAUAGGCUUGAUGGCACAAAGUUUGAGGUUAUAGUGGAGAACGAUGAGCAGGUUGAGCUCUCGUUCACUAGAAUGUGGAACUUGUCACUUGAGGGUGAGGUAGUUCCAUUAAAUAUAGACAAGAGGUAUGUGAUGCUUCGUGGAUCUUCAGGCUUCUACACAUAUGCGGUUUAUGAACACUUGGCAGAAUGGCCUGCUUUCAACAUUGGUAACACAAGGACCGUGCUCAAGCCUAGAAAGGACAAGUUUCAUUAUAUGGCGAUAGCAGAUAACAGGCAAAGAUAUAUGCCCCUUCCAGAUGAUAGAUUGCCAGACAGAGGGCAAGUCCUGGCUUAUCCUGAGGCGGUUCGGCUCAUUAAUCCAGUGGAACCAGAGUUUAAAGGAGAGGUGGAUGAUAAGUACGAGUACUCAUGUGAAAGCAAAGACAUCCAGGUCCACGGUUGGAUCAGCAAGGAUCCUCCUAUUGGGGUCUGGCAGAUUACACCGAGCUAUGAGUUCCGCAGUGGUGGACCUGUGAAGCAGUUUCUAACAUCUCAUGUCGGUCCGACAUCCCUCAAUGUUUUUGUCAGUGCUCAUUACUCUGGAGUCGACCUGACAAUGAGGUUUGGACCGAAUGAGCCGUGGAAGAAAGUCUACGGCCCGGUUUUCAUCUACGUUAACUCUAUGUCGAAUGGAGAAGACCCACGCUCUCUUUGGAUGGAUGCAAAAGAGCAGUUAAUUGUUGAAGCCCAAAGCUGGCCGUACAAAUUCCCGGCUCUAGAGGAUUAUGUGCAGCCCAGUCAAAGGGGCAAUGUGAUUGGUCGACUACUCGUGCUAGACAGAUAUAUUAGCAAGGAAUGCCUGAUGGCAAAUGGUGCUUAUGUGGGCUUGGCACCGCCCGGAGACGUUGGAUCGUGGCAAAGAGAAACCAAGGGCUAUCAAUUUUGGACUAGAGCAGACGAAGAGGGAAAUUUCUCCAUCAGCGGUAUUAUUCCCGGUCAUUACAAUCUCUAUGCCUGGGUUCCAGGUUUCAUCGGAGACUACAAAUAUGAGAAAAACAUCACGAUAUCUGCAGCUUCUAAUAUCGAUGUGGGCGAACUUGUGUAUGAGCCUCCGAGAAAUGGCCCGACAUUGUGGGAAAUAGGCAUCCCUGACCGUACUGCUUCAGAGUAUUAUGUUCCAGAUCCCGACCCACAAUACAUCAACCCGCUCUACAUUAAUCAUCCUGAUAGGUUUAGACAGUAUGGCCUGUGGCAAAGAUAUACAGAGUUAUAUCCAGAUGAAGAUUUGAUAUACACAGUCGGGACAAGCGACUACAGGAAGGAUUGGUUCUUUGCUCAAGUUACCAGAGAAAUUGGCAAUAACACAUAUAAUGGAACUACUUGGCAAAUCAAGUUCACAAUUUACAGCAUCGAUCAUACUGGAACCUAUAAAUUGCAAUUGGCUCUUGCAACUGCUCACGUAUCCGAGCUGCAGGUAAGGGUCAAUGAUGCGAGCGCAAGCUCCCCUCUAUUCUCGAGCGGUGUGAUCGGGAGGGACAACACGAUUGCAAGACACGGGAUUCACGGGCUCUAUUGGCUGUUCUCCAUCGACGUGCCAGGCACUGAAUUGAUCAAGGGCGAGAACACCGUCUUCCUCACACAAAUAGGAAGCAUAAGCCCUUUUCGGGGGAUAAUGUACGACUACAUUCGCCUCGAGGGACCUCCAUCUUCCAAUUCUACAGACAGAUUUUAGUUUUUUUCUUUACGUUCAGAUCCAUUACAAGAUCAAAGCUGUUGUAGUGGAGCCAACGCGGUCAUUCUUUUUAGAUAGCAUUAAUAAGAUGGUCAUGAUUUUUUCCCUAA